GAAGCAAAGAGAUAGGGUGACGAUUACAUAUCUUAAUAGUUGCAUUCCUCCGUUUAAUAACUAUAUCAUAUAGCAUUACCAUCACUACUGCCCGAGUUCUGCGUGUCCUGACCUGCCUGUCCACACGCUUAUUUACCUACGCAAUGACAGCGACCAUACCCACUACGCAGAAGGUAGCUUGGAUCGACUCGCCCGGGGACAAUGGCAAGCUGGUCAUUCGAGAUGGCUUCGAGGUUCCACAACCCAAGGGGAAAGAAGUCCUCGUAAAGAUAGAAUGUUCGGGAAUAUGCCAUUCGGACUGCAGAAACGUCGAAGGACUCGGCGCAUACACGGAUAUCCCAGGCCACGAGGGAGUUGGUAUCGUUGUUGGUUUGGGUCCAGAUGCGCCAGAAUCGAUCUUAAACAAGCGCGUUGGAAUUAAGUGGCUCUGGAGUGCAUGUAACGAGUGCUCGGCCUGCAAAGCUGGUUUGGUGAACCAUUGCCCGAAGCAGCUCAACACGGGAAGGAGUACCAGGGGUACAUUGCAGCAGUAUGCUAUUGCACAUGCUGACUUUGUGUCUCACAUCCCGGACGGGUUGGCAAGUGAGAUUGCGGCCCCUCUGCUCUGCGCUGGCUUGAGUCUCGCUGGUGCGAUUUCGAAGUGCGAACCCGAGGUCAAGCCUGGACAAUGGAUAGCCAUUGUUGGAGCGGGUGGCGGAUUGGGUCAUAUUGGUGUCCAGAUCGCGGCAAAGACUAAGGGGUACAAAGUCAUUGCCAUUGACAGCGGGCCCGAUAAAGAGAAGCUUUGCAAGGAGAUGGGCGCAGCGGCUUUCGUAGACUACGCCAAAGGAGACACUGUUGCUGCCGUCAGGGAACUGACCGAUGGCGAGGGCGCACAUGCUGUCAUCUGUGUAGCCGGAACGGAGAUUGCCUACAAGAGUGCACCAGAUCUUGUGAGGAACCACGGUGUCUUCGUGUGUGUUGGACUGCCACCAGACACAUUCAUGUUUCCAAUGUCUCCAAUUCAUAUUGCGAACAGAGGUUUGAUCAUCAAGGGAUCUUCAACUGGUACCAAUGAGCAGAUGGACGAAUUGCUACAGCAUGCUCUCGAAGGAAAGAUAACACCCAGAGUUGAAGUUUACGAGUUCUCUGACUCCCCGGAGAUCAUAAAGGAGCUUCAGAGGUAUGAAGUGACAGGCCGAAAGGUCGUGAAGGCACCCUAGAUCAUUAUGAAGAAUACCAAGAGUGGUCCGUUCUUAACAACGACGAUCAUCUUUGUGCGCUCUAAAGAAG